AGCUCCUCUAGCAAGCUAAUUUUAUAGCUAGCUAGAUCUUUCUUCUUUAAUUAAGUAAGAAUCAGUAUAAUAGAUAGACAAAUGGCAUCAUCAUCCUCUAUAUUGCUCUCUAUUUUCCUCGCCUUUUCCUUACUGCUUCUCUUCAACAACAUAACUCCUUCACUCGCAGCCAAUAAACAGCGACGUCCUAAACUUCUUGACGAUUUUCUUCCAAAUGGCCAUUUUGAACAUGGACCAAAACCAUCACAACUAAAGAAAACGGUGAUCAUAGGAAAAUACUCGCUGCCCAAAUGGGAAAUCAACGGAUUAGUACAGUACAUUACUGGGGGUCCUCAACCAGGUGGGUUUUACUAUGCUGUCAAACGAGGAGUCUACGCCGUAAGACUUGGAAACGAAGCUAACAUCUCCCAGACCGUGCGAGUUAAACCUAAUUCUUACUACUCUUUAACAUUCGGUUCGACUAGAACUUGUGCACAAGAUGAGGUAUUAAGGGUUGUUGUUCCUCCAAGCUCAGGAGAUCUUCCGCUUCAGACGUUAUAUAGUGCUGAUGGUGGUGAUACUUAUGCUUGGGCUUUUAAAGCUAAAUCAAAAUACGCAAAAAUCACUUUUCAUAAUCCUGGGAUACAAGAGGAUCCUGCCUGCGGCCCCCUCAUUGAUCAUGUGGCUAUAAAAGAACUCGUCAUUCCUCGCACUAGUCCAGGUAAUUUGGUUAAGAACGGUGGGUUUGAAUAUGGUCCACAUGUCUUCCAGGAAUUAUCAACUGGAGUCCUCAUCCCUCCUAAACAGGAAGACGAGGUCUCCCCACUCCCAGGUUGGAUCAUUGAGUCGUUGAAAGCCAUCCGCUACGUGGACUCGAAGCACUCAAUGGUUCCAUAUGGACUCGCUGCAGUCGAGUUAGCUGCAGGAAGGGAAAGCUCAAUUGCUCAGAUACUACGAACAACCCCAAAGAAACUAUAUAAACUUAAGUUUACAAUUGGAGACGCUAAAAAUUCAUGUCAUGGUGAGAUGAUGGUGGAAGCAUUUGCUGGCACGGAAUCGCUGCAAGCUAAGUUCAGUUCGACCGGGAAGGGUCACUUCAAGACUGUGAGUUUCAAAUUUAGAGCUACUUCAGCACGAACAAGAAUAAGUUUCUAUAGUAGCUUUUACCAUACAAAGCUUGAUGACUUUGGUCAUCUUUGUGGCCCUGUGUUGGAUCAAGUUAGAGUUUUUGCUGUCUCAAGUUAGUUCAGUUAGUUUAGUUAACCGUUUCUUUUCACUACAAGAAUCAUUAAAUUAGUGGCUUCAGCUUUUCAUCAUAAGCCUUUGAUUAAUAGAGCCAGUUUCCUAGUUAUGCAAAAUCCAGGUUGUACUGUGUGACUUCGACCAUCCUUGAACCGAAACAUCUCUAGCUGAUGGUAAUAAAGAUUCUUACUGAGGUAUGUUCGAAAGUAGUAAAUUUUGCGGGAAGAUAUUCUAUCCUAAGCGUUCAUUUAUUUUCUUCUUCAAAAAAUUAACGCAUCAAUUUGCGCACCUGAGAAAAAUGAUUCAUAGCAUUUAACUUUUAGGCAGCCUAGGAUGAAUCUAUCAAACUAAACAUUCACCAAACCCUGCAAAUUACUUUAACUUUAAACUACUUGUAGUGCCCAAACUCUUAUUGCCCAUUUUGUGGCACAAAAACGUGUCACGAGUCGCUUAGUUUCAAUGAGUAGUGGCUGCGGAAACUAACCAUGCC